AUGGCAUUGCGAUUUACCUUAAAACCUAGCAAGUAUUUCAAAAAGUUGAAAACAGCUCUCAGAUUAUGCAGCUUUGUAUUGAGAACCUUUUCAUUGAUCAUGCUUUUUGUUUUACUUGGAUUUUUCGAUUGUAAUGUGAGCAACUUGGCCACAGUCACCAUCACUUCUGCUGGAUCAAGUACUGUGAGCCAAAUGGCCCCUUUAUAUCGAUUUUCUGGAACUGCUUGUACAGAGACGAUUAAUGAGAUUAUGAUGGCGAUUAGUGCUGUCGGUGUACUGGCCUUAUUGAUUCUUUAUCCUCUUUCAGAACUAAUUUUGACUAAUUCUAACCCUCAGAGCAAGGUUCCGUUGAUACGAGACAACUCUUUGGUGGUCAUGUUGGUUGGAGAAUUUGCCAUGUUUCAAUUGUUAGCUUCUUUUCUUGUUCCAAAACAGUACUCCUAUGCUUCUGCUGCUUUUAAUGUAAUCCUUAGCCUUGUAUCAUGUGGCGUUGUUUUCUACUAUAUUCCGUUUUUGAGAAGAUAUGACAAUUCAUUGUAUUUUGGGACGUGUUGUGGCAAAGUUGGAGCGAGUAUUGGUUCCUUAAUCUCUUCAGCAGCUAAUAUGGAUUCUGAUUCGCCAACUUUUGAUGUUCUGGGUGGCAGUUUUGCAAGCAUGACACUAGGGUUGAUUGUGGUGUUGUUUGUCGCAGGGACCUGUUUCAUGGAGGUUUAUUUAAGAUUUCAUGCCAAGAAAAUGAGAGACUACUUGAUGAAUUCAGUAGUGACUUCUCAGACAGAUCUCGAUCUAUUUGAAAAGCAUCUCUUAUUUGGAAUUGAAAAAGCGGCUUCUUCUCUUUUCAACGAUUUAGAAGAAUCGAAAGCAAUACCAUCACUCAACAUAUUCUUAAAGCUAUCUCUAAAGAGCGGACAGAGAAAUGUCAGAGGAAGGGAGUACUCAGAUUCUGAUCUCUGUUUGGCAUUUAUCAAAGGACUUGCACAUCAGAAAUCAUUUAAUGAUAUUAGCUUGUUGUUACUAUCCGCAUUGAUUAUUCAAGUGAAAUGGCAAGGAGAAUCUAAUUGCUCUAUAUUCGCUCAAAGCUUGUUAAGACGUGCCCUUAAGCAACAUCCAAAUAUUUUUAACAAACUCUUCAUCCAAGAAAGAAUGAAGGAGUUAGAAACCAUGUCACAAACUAAUAACGCGCUUUUUGAAGCAAGUGCUCAAAUUGAGACUUUGGAGAAAAAUCAAGCAGCUCGUUUGACAUUACAUCGUGACUUUUGGAAAGAAUGUGCUAAUGAGAAUAUUAAUUAUGACGCUAUUGAAAAAAUUAUAAGAUCAAUCUAUGCUUUAAAAAGUGAAUGUAAUCGUGUGACACCCGUUGCUUCUUCAGAUUAUUACAACAAGUACGAAGUUUCAGGCUCAGCUAUUCCAUUGGAUGAAAGUUUAACAGAAAUUGGAGUUGAAACUAAGGAUGAAGGUUUUGAGUUGGAGAGUGCUUUCGACAAUCCACAGAUGAAGAAGGAAACCAUUUUUCGUCAAGCGUUAUUCAAUUCUAGAGAUCACAAAAUUGUUAGUGUAGCACUGAUUGUUUAUUUUGCUAUCGCGUUUUGCAUCAUGAUUGUAUCCAUCGCCUUAAGCGUUUACUACUCUCAAUCUGUAAUGUCACAAAUAAUUCCAUAUGUGGAACAGGUGUGUUUUCCUGUAACCUUUCCCAUAUCAAUUGUAAGAAAUAUCAGAGCGACUCAAAAUUGGGUGAACGUGUUUUAUUUAUUCGGCUAUCCUUGGCCCUCUACCAACGAUGGAUUUCCAACGGUUUCCAAAUUAUUUUAUGUCACUGAUCAUGUUUCUCAGUUGACUAAGGCCAUUGAUUUGUUCAAUAGGCUGAUUAUUGCAUCUCAAUCAAAUGCAUUCAGUAAUGAUGUCUAUUCUGACUAUUCACAAAAUAAUUAUCCAUUCAACUCGAAAUGUCAUCUCGAACUACCCACUCAAUACGUUGGUAAUAACUCGUUUAGUAGAACACAGACACUUCUUGAUCAAAUUGCUGCCAAUAGCUAUUUCAAUCCAUUAACUGACUAUAACUUUAUGUUUCUUUGGAUUAAUCGCGAGAGUGCAGCAGCAGCUUACGACAGUUUUUGCACUUCAUAUUUAAAUCGAUCUUUUAGCCUUGCUAAUAUAUCCAUGAAUGAGUUUGUCAUUUAUCUUUCAACCAUACUUGGCUUCUUCAUUCUACUUAGCAUUCUAUUCUUUGUUUACAUUUAUUAUGAGCUCAAAUAUCUCAGAAAGGUUUCAAGACUCUUUGGAUCUCAAAUCCAAAAAGAUGUCGUAGGGAAAAUAUUCCAAACAUUGAGCAAGAAAGCAGAGAGUGUAGCAGUACAUCAAAGAAAGAGAUUUUCAGUGAGCAAAGCUAGUGCAAAAUAUGUUUUACUACCUCUUUUUAUUUUUGCAGUGACAUGUGUGGUAGUUUGUGUUGCAUUAAUGUUCAUGGAGAGCGAACUGAAUUCGAUCGCAUCAUCAUUGGCCAUGUCGAGGAUCAGAUUAAGCAUUCAAGCAGCAGCAUCUGUGGACAGAGCAAGUAUUAGCGUUGGUGAAACAUUUACAUAUUUUGGAGCAUCAGAAAUUACAAAAUCUAACUCAGUAUUGGCACCUCUAUUUAAUCGAACAGUGAAUUUUGGAGAUCCUCUUUUGUGGAAUACUACCAACUUUGAUUUUUUGUUCACAAGACUUUCCAGGCGAACUCAGGAGCUGACCAAACAAUUUUCAUCGCUCAUUUACGGAGACCCUUCUCAAGGACUCAAUCCAAUUAUUGGACAGUAUCCUGCCGUUGACAUGAUCAUUACAGUCGGUACGAACAACUGCACAGAUUACAUACAAAAAAACAAUGUUACUCUCACUUUCACAAGCAAUCUAUUGUACUGUAAAGGUAUGGAAAAGGUGCUGGCAGAUUUUGUGACACUUUCCUCUCAAGUGGCCACUGAUUCAAGAAAGGCAUACCUCCUUCAAAAAGAAUCACUUGCUAAUAUGACUCUAUUGAGUCCUGUCAAGGUUGCAAUGCAACAUUACACUGUUUUCCGAACUGCUGCUCCACUAUUGAACAAGUUUGCCUCAUUUAUCAGAGAAUUUGUAAAAAGUUCAUCUCAACCUUCUUCCACCAUUGUCACAGUGGCAGGAAUAUUUGGAAUUUUGUUCACCUUUGCAUGCUUUAUGAUCGAUAUUUUGGGUAGUUCAAUAUACGAGCUUUUCGAUGAAUCCGCCAGAGCAGAGCUAAAGAAACGAGUCGAUGCAUUGGUAGGAAAAGCCAAACAAAUGGGUGAAGCCUCCAGUUAUGUAAAUAGUGUCGAGGAGUCGACGUCAAUUGAGAAUGAGCAAGUGGAAGUGGAUUGCAUCAGAAAGAAUAGGACCAAGUUCCCAGGAAAGUUUACUUUUCAUUGUGUGAAAUUGGAAGGAAGAAUUGGAAUAUCUAUUGUGGUAACAUUCAAAGAUAUUACAUUGGAAAAACAACGAUCUGAAAAUUUAUUGAAGAAUAUUCUUCCAACAGCCGUUGCCAAUCGAUUGAAAACUGGAGGUGAUUCAUUCAUUGCUGAGGCAAUUAACGAUGUGACCUGUUUCUUAGUUUUUGAAUUGGGUAGUGUCUUUGAAUUCAUUUUGUUAUUUGUUUUUGUGUGUGAAAUGGGACGUCUUUGA